AUGACAAAUGGGAAAUAUAAAUAUUUAUGGGCUAUUGUAAAGCAAUUCUUGUUAAAACAAUUGAAGAAGCUAACAAUAAAGCCAGAAAAUAAAUAUACAGUAAACUUAACAUUAUAGUUAAGUUACAACCAUUUAAAGAUAUCUCUAAAAAACUAAACUUCGACCACUCUAUCAAUUUAAUAAAAUAUAUUUACCAAAGCCAUUCUUAAGUUAAACUAUUCAUAGUAGAUAAUAUCAAGUACUCACUUAAUGAUGUUGCCGAAUAGAUGUUAGGUCAAGCAGAAGCAAGUCAAUUGA